AUGUACGGACACAACCAAGGAAACCAGUAUCCCCCUGGCCACCCAAACUAUUCUCAACAGAUGCCAGGUGGAUACACUCACCAUCCUCCAGGCACUGUCCGACCACCAAACUGGCCUCCUCAGCCCUAUGGGCCAAAUGGAGGUGCCAGUGGACAUGGACCUGGUCCUGGCUAUGGUCAAGGCCAAGGGUAUGGACCUGGACCAGGCUAUGAACCAGGCCAAGGACAGGGCUACGGACAGAGCUAUGGACCGGGUCACGGACAGACCUACGGACCAGGCCAAGGACAAGGCUAUGGACAGGGUUAUGGACCAGGCCAAGGACAAGGCUAUGGACAGGGCUAUGGACCGGGUCACGGACAGGGCUACGGACCAGGCCAAGGACAGGGCCACGGACAGGGCUAUGGACCGGGUCACGGACAGGGCCAUGGACACAUGCACAAGCAGAAGCACAAGCACAAGCAUGGUCACAAGCACAGCCGUUGUCACAAGAAUGGAAGGCACUCUCGUGGGUCGUCCAGCAGCUCCUGCAGCAGUGACUCUGACUAG